AAUCCUGGGUUCUUGCUGGAUGAUCCGUGUCCCUCUUGAGUGUGAAGUGAGGAGAGAGGUGGAGGGGGAAAAGGAUAUGGGACCGUGGCUACGUUUCCUCGCGUUCUCAUGAUAACCGUGUGUGAGUGAGGGAUUGGGGAAGCUUGGUUUUGGCUAUAAAUUCCCCCAUUUCAAUCACAAUCGGACACUGGGGUUGAAAACAAAACCACUAAAUCAAUGUUCCUAAGGCAAGCUGGCUUCGCUGCGGGAGAUGCGCGCGAACACAAUGGGAGACAACACACUCACUUCGCUUGGAGGAAUACAGCGAUGUAAUAAUAUUACUCUACAAUAAUGGGAAUACUGUCGUGGUGGAUCUUGAAGCAAUACACCCGGAAACUCUGCUGCCUGAACCAGUAAUAUUUGUUUUGUUUGCUGUGACAACAAAUUACUCUGUAAGCGACUGCAGUCUCGUAAAGAACCGUGGGCAUUUUUUUGCACAAGCGAUGCAUUUUGAGAGGGAGAGAAGCCGGACAUGCCCUAAAUGAAGACGCGGUGCUUGUUUAGUUCCUACAUUACAUUUGUUGCCAGUUUUAUAAAUCCACCGGGAUGUGAAAGGAAUUCAUUUCCUGCGUCGAAUUUUCAUGCCCUUUUGCACAUCUGGAUAAGUAAAUUGUUUUGAUAUUUAAUAUUAAUUUAGUAGUGUAACUAAUUUAAUAUAGUACGCGUUUAAUUAUAGUAUUAUUACAAAUAGCCUACUAUUACUUCCUUAUUACUAGACGACAUCAAAGGACCAGUGUCUGUAAGUCAUUUUUCCAUUCAAAGUAACGUCUGUCCCACUCGUGUAGCCUAUUCCGUAGCUCCCAAUUCAGUUCGUGUCCCUAGAGAAUGUACCUCCUUGACGGUAAUAUAGAAAGGAUGGAGCGAGGAACGCCACAAAGGAAAACAGUGUACCGGAUCUCUCUCACCUUGGUAAAGAAAGAGAGCUUGGAGGAGGAGGAUGGGGUUAGCUGCGGGAGCUCUGGACCACGACGUCUCGAGAACCCCAACGUGGGCGCUUACCGUCGCGAGGUCUCCUCGGAGCUCCAGAGGAGUUGUCUGCUGGAGGAGCUGAAAGAAGUUGAGGAUGAAAGCGACGAGUUCCACUCACACAACUACAUGAGAAAUUUCAGGACAUUCAGCACCGGACAAUUAGAACUGGGAAGGCUUAAAAUGAAAAAGGUGCAUCAGUUGCAUAAAGAGUUGAAGGAAACUAGCCCCUCCACAGAGCCUGGUAACAACAGCCAGGCCUCAGAGGAGACCAUGUCACCGCAGAGUCAGAAGAAAUCACAGGGGAUAAGCUGGACACAGGAAAGCGCUGAAACUGACUCGAGGCUUAAGGGGGAUAUUUGCACGGAGACUGAAAAAACCUUGACAACAUCUGCUUCCUACGGUGAGAAUGGGAGUGUUGAUCAGAAGAAAAUACUUCUGAAAGCCAAGAGCACAGAGGACAAGGGCAGUGAUGCUCCAACUAAUGGGGACGGGGGUAAGGACAAGUCGUGUGCGUCCAAAAGUAACGGAAGAGCCGUCAAGGCCUCUCCCGAGACACCGCCACUGAAGAGCCACCCCAGCCUGCUUCGCCGGAGCUUCAGUUUCCGACACUGGACGGGUGGCGAACUGCUCCGCAUCCGGGCCCUCUCCAAAGACCAGCACCACAGCAGCAUCCGGGCCCUCUCCAAAGACCAGCACCACAGCAGCUCUGGGUGUGUCGGCCGCGGGGAAGGAACAGCCUGGGACGACAACCAGACCCCCCAGUCCACAGUCCUCCAGAACCCGGCUUACGAUGAGACGGGACCUCCUAAACGAAACACGUUAGAAGUCGGGGCUGUCCUUAACAAGACUGACUCAAUGACGGAGCUGAGCCGCUGGGAACGAGCGAGAGGCAAAAACCGCACAUUGGACAACAGCGAUCUGAUCACUCUUUCCAUGAAGAGUGUGUCAGAGAAGGAGGGGUUUCUGAGAGGCACCGGCUGCCGCUCCAGUGGCUCGGACCGGCGGCUGGUCAGGUUCUUCAGCGGUAUCUUCUCCAGGAAGGAUGGAGGGAUGGUGUCUACCUCCACUCCGGUGGGCAGCCCCAGCACUAACCGCUCCCUCAGGAAGGGGAAGAGGAGCGGCCCCAUGGCCUACUCCCAGUCCAGCACAGAGAGUGUUAACGGAGGAGGAGGCCUGUCGUCAGAGGACGCCUUUGUGAACAGCCAGGAGUGGACCCUGAGCCGAUCGGUACCAGAACUCAAAGUGGGCAUUGUGGGUAACCUGGCCAGUGGGAAGUCUGCGCUGGUUCACAGGUACCUGACAGGAACAUACGUCCAGGAGGAAUCUCCAGAAGCUGACGUGGAUGCAGGGGGCCGUUUUAAGAAGGAGAUAGUGGUGGACGGACAGAGCAACCUACUGCUCAUCAGAGAUGAAGGGGGCCCCCCAGAGGCUCAGUUUGCCCUGUGGGUGGAUGCAGUGAUAUUUGUGUUCAGUCUGGAGGAUGAGAUCAGUUUCCAGACAGUCUACCAUUACUACAGCCGCAUGGCUAACUACCGAAACACUGCUGAGGUACCUCUGGUGUUGGUGGGGACGCAAGAUGCUAUCAGCUCAGCCAAUCCCCGGGUCAUCGAUGACACGCGAGCACGCAAGCUGUCCAAUGACCUGAAGCGCUGCACCUACUAUGAGACGUGUGCCACCUACGGCCUCAAUGUGGAACGGGUCUUCCAGGACGUGGCCCAGAAGAUCGUGGCGACCAGGAAGAAGCAGCAGCUGUCCAUUGGUCCGUGCAAGUCCCUCCCCAACUCCCCUAGCCACUCCUCUGUGUGUUCUGCACAGGUGGCAGCAGCAGUUCACAUCAGCCAGCAGACCAGUAAUGGCGGCAGCCUGAGUGACUACUCCUCGUCAGUCCCCUCCACCCCCAGCACCAGUCAGAAGGAGCUACGCAUCGACGUCCCCCAGACCACCAACACCCCCACGCCCGUCCGCAAGCAGUCCAAACGCCGCUCCAACCUCUUUACUUCUCGGAAGGCCAGCGAGCCAGACAGGGACAAGAAAGGACUGGAGGGCCGAGCGGACAGCAUUGGAAGCGGCCGUGCUAUUCCAAUUAAGCAGGGCAUGCUUCUGAAGAGGAGUGGCAAGACCCUAAACAAGGAGUGGAAAAAGAAGUAUGUGACGUUGUGUGACAAUGGCCUGCUCACAUAUCACCCCAGCCUGCACGACUACAUGCAGAACGUCCAUGGGAAGGAGAUAGAUCUGUUGAGGACCACAGUGAAGGUCCCAGGGAAGAGGCCUCCCCGAGCGGUGUCUACCUGUGCCGCUGUCCCCAGCCCGAAGACAAACGGCCUGGCCAAGGACAUGAGCAGUCUGCAGCUGGGACCUGGUGGCCCUGGCUCUGUCACCAGUAGUUUGUCAGCCUCUCAGAUGGCCAGUGGGAUCAGCUUGGUGUCCUUUAACAGUCGUGGGGACGGCAUGCACCAGAGAUCCUACUCAGUCUCCUCCGCCGACCAAUGGAGCGAGGCCACCGUCAUCGCCAACUCAGGAGUCAGCACAGACACGGGUCUGGGAGAGUCUGUGUGCUCCAGCCCCUCCAUCUCCAACACCACCAGCCCUAAGAUGGACCCGCCCCCCUCGCCGCACGCCAACCGCAAGAAGCACCGGCGGAAGAAGAGCACCAGCAACUUCAAAGCCGACGGCCUCUCUGGUACUGGGGAAGAACAAGAGGAGAACUUUGAGUUGACCAUUGUGUCUUUGACGGGCCAGACGUGGCACUUUGAGGCCACCUCGUACGAGGAGAGAGACGCCUGGGUCCAGGCCAUCGAGAGCCAAAUCCUAGCCAGCCUGCAGUCCUGUGAGAGCAGCAAGGCCAAGUCACGUCUGACCAGCCAGUCUGAGGCCAUGGCCUUACAGAAUGUGAGGAGCCUAAGAGGGAACUCUCGCUGUGUGGACUGUGAGGCCCAGAACCCCGACUGGGCCAGUCUCAACCUGGGAGCAUUGAUCUGUAUCGAGUGUUCAGGGAUCCACAGGAACCUGGGGACCCACCUAUCUCGUGUUCGGUCCCUGGACCUGGAUGAGUGGCCCCUGGAGCUUCUCAAGGUCAUGACCUCUAUAGGCAACGAGCUGGCCAAUGAAGUGUGGGAGGGCAACGCACAGGGACGCCUCAAACCAGCACCCGACGCCACCAGGGAGGAGCGUGAGCGUUGGAUCCGAGCUAAGUACGAGCAGCGGUUGUUCCUGGCGUCGCUCUCGGGGGUUGACCUAUCCCUGGGCCAGCAGCUGCUGAGGGCCACGGCCGAGGAGGACCUGCGCUGCGUCAUCCUGCUUCUGGCUCACGGCUCCCGGGAGCAAGUCAACGAGACGUGUGGAGAGGGAGACGGACGCACCGCCCUUCACCUGGCGUGCCGCAAGGGCAACGUGGUCAUCACACAGCUCCUCAUCUGGUACGGGGUGGAUCUGAUGGCGAGGGACGCCCACGGUAACAGCGCGCUGGCUUAUGCACGGCAGGCCAGCAGCCAGGAGUGUGUUGACACGCUGCUGCAGUACGGCUGUCCCGAUGAACGCUACCCACUUAUGGCCACGCCCAACCUGUCCCGACGCAACACCAACCGCAACAACAGCUGCAGCAGCACGGGCAGCACCGCACUCAUAUAAACACUACUGCCCCCUUCAGGAGGCCUCUGGGUACUGCGGCUCGCAGGAUAUUAACAGGCUAAACACACAUUGUGACAUUAUAUGCAUAUUACACACUCAAAAUCCUGACUGAAAAAAAACUGUGACAUUUUUGGAAGUGAGGGGCUUGGAGAGAGUCUGAAUUGGGAGAAAAUUACUGAACUCUUUUGGGAACCACUACUUCUGCACUCCUUGUCUUAGUGCACUCAUUGACCUCUUACCCUCUCCACUCUGACACUAAUCUCACACAGAAGACACUAGCACUCCUGUUGCCGUUGAUGAAGCCCUCUGUCCUUUUGGCUCUCUGCCCCACAUCAUGAUGACCCCCUCCCCCGCGUGCUUCGGUCCAAUUAUCAAUUUCCUCACAAGGCCCUCCCCUGUAAAAGCAUGGGGACAGGAGGUGGCUUGGCAUUACUUCCGGGUGGAGUCAGGUCAUCGGCUUCCCCCACUGCUAUCUACCUGGCUGCAUGUGGCCCUAAGCAUGAUGGGACAUGGGGAGGAGGUGGCCAAAAUCACGUGAAAAGCAGCGACUCCCCCUUCUCAUAUACCCUCUAUUGACUCCCCCUUCUCAUAUACCCUCUAUUGACUCCGAUCUGCAAUCUGCUCCCAGCUUCAACCCAGGCCACACACACACUAUAUCACUACUAUGUCACUGCUUUCUCAGCUGUACAGAAACAGAGGCCUGCGGGUUUGGAAAGACGUUGGAUGUUUGAAGAAGGCCUCUGUAGCAUGUUGUGGAAGGGGGGGUUGCUUUUCACUUAAGUUAUGGGAGCUCUACCUUGUAACAUGAGAACUACAAAGAACUACAAAGAACACUGAUCAACUGAACAGAACUCCUCUACUACUCUGGUUCUUCUUUAGUUCUCCACAUAAUCAGUGUUUCCCCUCUCUUCUCUUCAGUAAAUUAUGUGAUCUCUUUCUCCUGUGGAUGUUUAUUUUUUAUUUUUUAAUGUGGAACAAAAAUAUCUUCUUGUAUAAACAGUUUAAGAAAGUGAGAGAAGAAAAUCCUAAAUAUCGGAUAUUCCUUGGAAGUAAAACAGAAAGUGUGAUAGCAUGACAGACACUUUCUCUUUUCAAUUAAAAAAAAGGUUGUUCAUCCCGUCCACAUUG